AUGAUGAGCUCCCUACAUUCCUCUCAAGUCGAAAACAAACCAAUUGAGAAGAUCCACCCAUCCAACUUUCCGAAGGAGUCUCAAGAUCCCGAAAUAACCGCACAGGCCCUCGAUACUCUCGUUGAACAAUCAGCCAAACAUGAUGAUGUUCAGCACAACAUUCAUACCCCUAUGCACCGCCUGUUGCACAAUCGUUUGAUCCAAAACUUAAUUCCAGGUAUCGAGAAGAUCGCUAGCGAGUAUCAUGUGGGGAACUUUGUUAUGAUGAGAGGCACGGGUGAGAAGUUCUUUGAGAGUAUGCCGCUCUACCCAAGAUUGGGCAUGCACUUGUUGUAUUAUGGCGGGACCCAGAUCAAGCUUCUUCAUAAUCAAUCUGUCGAAGCCGUCUUGAAAGACCUGUCUAUCCGCCAAGGGAAAGUGUACGACUCCCCCGAAUCCGUCAAGUCUAUUCCUUCGUUUAUCAAUACAUACUCAAUCCAGACAGAUGAUUUGCUCCAACCGGACAUCAGCAAAUACAAGACGUUCAACGAGUUUUUCUAUCGGAAGCUCAAAACAGAUGCACGGCCGAUCCAAAACGAGGAUGACCCAACCAAUAUCUGCAGUGCGGCGGAUUGUCGUUUGACCGUGUACAAUACUGUGGAGCUCGCAAAACAAUUCUGGAUCAAAGGGAACAACUUCACAAUCCCCAGCCUGCUCGGCGUUGAAACCAACUCUGAGCAAGCAAAAUGGUUUGAAGGUGGUGGUUUAGCUUCAUUCAGGCUGGCUCCAGCCGACUAUCACAGGUUCCAUAGUCCAAUCGACGGAACUCUUGGCGAGAUCGUGGAUAUUCCUGGCCAAUAUUACACAGUCAAUCCUCAAGCAGUGAACGAGCCUGGCUUCGACGUCUUCACGGCCAAUAGACGUUCAGUACUUUACAUGACGCAUGCUCAGUCUGGGUUGCCUAUCGCUUUCGUUGCAAUCGGCGCCAUGCUGGUCGGAAGCAUACAUUGGACCAAAGGUUCUGAAAAGGACACAGCCGUAAAACGCGGAGACGAAUUAGGAUUCUUCGCGUACGGCGGAAGUACCGUGGUGGUGCUGUUCCCGAAGCAGUUGGUAAAGUUUGACGAGGAUUUGGUGGUGAAUUCAAACAGUACCAUCGAGACGUUGGUGAAGGUUGGAUAUUCAAUUGGCAAAGCCGAUAUACCUCCUGCUUGAUUUAGUCCACGAUGCUGUUUCCCUCGAGGCUUGUUCCCAGCAAGCGUACCUGAUACCAAUUUUCAUGGACGUCCCACACCUAUCCGUGAUCCGGAAAGUGCAUGUCCGAUAACGACCAAUGAACUUCUGCAAACUGGAUGAUUGAUGUUUGUAACGGACGUUUUCGUCUGCAGUCUGGUGGUCAACAUCAUGCUGGAAUCUUUCUGUCCCGAUUCUCCUGAGGUUUCGCCACGUCGCCGCCAAGACUUUAGCUGUCAGUCAGCGUCACUCAUGUCCGACAUCGCAGUUAUUUCUCAGGGCAGGCUUUCGUGGACAUCCGCGCCUCUCGGAAUCCUUCUUGGGCCGCACUCAUCUCGGUACAACUCACUUGAUCCAUAGGGAUGCCGGUCUAUGAGUUAUGUCAUUAAACUUCAUCGUGUCUU